UUCACAUGGACGUGAAUGAUCCAGUUGCACUCUAAUUUGCAGCUUUUGGCAUUCUCUCAGCAGACAUUCUUCAAACUUUAAACAAUAAACUAACUCCUUCUCUUUCAACUCAUCUCUUUAUAAACCCUUCUCCUUCUCCUCUGUCUUAAUCUUAAUCUUUAUAAGAUGCAUAGAAGAAGAACCCCUUCUUUCUCUUCUUCUCUUCUUGAUUCUAUUUAUCGUUCAAUCGAUCACUCCAACACUUCCCAAUCACACUUUGGAUACUACAGCCCAACUAAAUCAUCCGCCAUGUUUAACAACCACCAAGAUCCUGACUAUGAUUCUCGCCUCCACCAGGAUCUUCGUCGAGCUAUUAUGAUCGAGCAAUGGGUCGAGAAGCACAACGACUAUGGCGUCUCUGCUCACCUCAACUGUUCUUCUAGCUCCUCCGAUUCCAGCUCCGGAGGAAUAUUUUCGUCUUCCGAGGCAGAGUCUUGUCAUAAAACCAAGUCAAGAUCAAGAUGUUCCAGACAGGGAAGAUCAGAUAAGUGCAUGCAGCGGAUUACUGAUAACCAGAAGCAGCAGCAAAAGCAGCCAAUGCGUGAAUCUGGAAAUGGUGGUUUUACCAAGACGAAGCUCAAAGCCCUGAAAAUUUACGGAGAGUUAAAGAAAGUGAAGCAACCAAUUUCACCUGGUGGCCGCAUAACCAGUUUCCUCAACUCAAUUUUCAAUUCUAACGCCAAGAAAGUCAAGCUCUGUUCUGUUGGUGCCAUGGAGGAUGUGGGUUUUGAGCGCAAAUCAAAAUCUACUUGCUCCUCGGCUACUUCGUUUUCUAGGUCUUGUUUAAGCAAAUCAUCUUCUUCGUCAACGAGAGGUAAGCACGGUAAGAGUAGCAAUGGCGAGACGAGGAGGUCUGUUAGAUUUCAUCCUGUUAGCGUCAUUGUGGAUGAAGAUUGUAGACCCUGUGGCCAUAAAUCCAUCUAUGAAAACGAUCCAAGCUUAAUGCCAACUCCAACGGUUCACAAGACAUUGAAAGAGGAGCUCAAGGCUUAUGCCAUGGAAAAAGAAGCAGGAGUUGACAGAGUAGCUCGGGAUUAUCUGAGGAAGUAUCAGAAAAAGCAAGAAUUUUCUUUGAGGAGUCAAGUUGAACAUCACGAGAAUGAAGAAGAUGAAGAUGGAGGUGAGGAUGCAUUAAGUUAUUCAAGCUCAGAUCUAUUUGAACUUGAUCACCUUAUUGGGAUUGGAAGGUACAGAGAGGAAUUGCCAGUUUAUGAAACUACCAAUCUAAAAACUAACCAAGCCAUUGCUAAUGGUUUGAUUUUGUAGCUCAUUUUUUCUUUUAUG